AUUUCAUUUUCUUUUCUCUUUCACAUUUUUAUAAAAAAAAAUGUAUCAACCACCACCACCUAAUCCGGGGGAUCCGCACAGUAAUUAUUAUCCACCUCCACCAACAGGAAAUUAUUAUACACAGCCAAAUCAAACUAAUUUGGAAUACGGUCAAACACCUCCAGCCCAACCACCACCUAAUUAUGAUGGACCAGCGAAUACAAACGGACAACCUCUGAAACCUUACACCGAAGGUCAAGAUAAAAUAAAACCAGGAUCAGGAUGGAACGAUAAAUGGGCCAUCGGUUUAUGGCUAUGUAAUAUUGGCGCAUUUAUUGGAUUAUCAGUGGUCGGUUUAAGAACGUAUCGAGGAAAUGAAGGAGCAUACAACGGGGUACAAUCUGAUAAUGCGUACCCGGGUUUAACUUUUGACAGAGCUACGUUCAAGAUUUUUGGACUUUCUGCAGUGGUUGGUUUUGGGUUAAGCAUUUUGUACUUGUUCUUAGCACAGACGUUUCCGAAACCUUUGAUUAUUCUCACGUUUAUUGGAUCUAUCAUCGUUUAUUUUGGUGUCACAAUCUAUUAUUUUGUCAUGCAUUAUUAUUCUGCUGCUAUUGUUUUCCUGAUAUUUUCCUGUCUCUAUCUGGCCUGUCUUUUUUGGUGGAGAAGCCGAAUUCCAUUUGCCACGGGUAUCACUAUUGCCAUUGGUAUCAUUACUUUAAUUGUUCAAACUGCAUUUAAUUUCUGGUUCAUGUUCACCGUCAUUGGUGUUUAUCAGGCAUGGUACAGUUCAGCGAGUAACAAUUCUAAACUAAACUGCGCCAUGGUAUUCUUGGUAUUCUCAUUUUACUGGACUUCACAAGUCAUAACCUAUGUUGCACAUGUUACCAUAGCCGGUGUUUUUGCUACCGUUUAUUUUUUGAAUGAUGGUGUGAAGCAUCCUGUGUGGGGAAGUGCCAGACGCGCGUUGACUACGAGUUUUGGUUCUAUUUGUUUUGGAGCUCUUCUGAUUGCUUUUGUCAACAUGAUUCGAUAUUUCUUGCAAAUUGCUAGAGCAAACUCAGAUAAUCCAGUAUUAUCAUUCUUGAUUUGUAUUAUCCAAUGUAUUGUCAACUGUGCCGCCGGUUUGUUUGAAUGGUUCACUUAUUAUGCUUUCAGUGGAGUCGCCAUAUAUGGCGAACCCUUUAUUCCAACCGCAAGAAAGACUUGGACUAUGGUCAAAGAUCGUGGCAUUGACGCCUUGAUCAAUACCAAUUUGAUUGGAAAUGUCCUUUUUAUGGGUGGCCUGCUGGUCGGUGUUCUUUGUGGUUUAUUAGGUUUUAUUUACCUGAAAGCAUCUAACCCCGCAUACAACACCAAUGGUGAAAUGACACCUGUUGUUGUCAUGAUGUGCUUUUUAAUUGGUUCGUCCAUGUUCUCUACAGUUGCAACAGUUAUUUCAAGCGGUGUUGCUACAACAUUUGUUUGUCUAGCUGAAGAUCCCGAGGCAUUGCGAAGAUCGAAGCCACAGUUAUACGAAAAGAUUCGUGAGACAUGGCCUCAAAUUGCUCAAGGCAUUUAA